UCCUCACCUUUAUCAUUUCCUUCCUCAACCACCCUCUCUCUCUCUCUCUCUCUCUCUCUCUCUCUCUCUCUCUCUCGCGUCACUUGCCGUUUCGCUUCCUUCCGAAACCGUCUUCUCCAAACUUAAGACUAAUUGAGGAUAAACGAAUAACAUGUGCGCUCACGCUUCGCAGCUCGACCAAGAGCAACUCAUCGAGAAACUCGAGAUCUUCAAGAUCCAUGGAAGAGAUAAGCAGGGGCGUAAGAUCCUUCGCAUUAUAGGCAAAUUUUUCCCUGCUCGGUUUCUGAGUUUGGAUGUGCUAAAGAGUUACUUGGAGGAGAAGAUCUAUCCUCGCCUAGGGGAUAAGCCGUUCUCUGUGUUGUAUGUUCAUACCGGAGUCCAAAGGAGCGAGAAUUUUCCUGGAAUCUCAGCCUUGCGAUCUGUCUACGAUGCUAUACCGAUCAACCUCAAGAACAAUAUCCGGGCCGUUUACUUCGUUCAUCCAGGCUUACAGGCCAGGCUCUUCCUCGCCACCUUUGGCCGUCUUCUCUUCAGCGGCGGGCUGUACGGGAAGCUGAAGUAUAUCAGCAGGACUGACUAUCUGUGGGACCAUGUAAGAAGGAAUGAGAUUGAGAUUCCUGAAUUUGUUUAUGAUCAUGAUGAGGAUUUGGAGUACCGUCCGAUGAUGGAUUAUGGAUUGGAAAGUGAUCAUCCUAGAGUAUACGGUGCACCCACGAUGGAUUCUCCUGUGCCUGUGUACUCCAUGAGGUGUAUUUCGUAACGUGAAAAGAUAAAUUGAACGGAAAAAGGUUGGAGUUUGUUGUUGGAACAUAAGCUUAUAGAGAUCGAUUGGCGAGGUGCGCCUUAUUUUAUGGAUAUCAGACCUAUGAUCUGGCCGAGUGGGAGGGAGAGGGAGAGGGAGAUUGAACUAAUGUACUUAGUUUUAUAUUGGGUGAGUUGUUAAGAGGAUAAAUGUUUAUUUUUAUUCUUCUUGUUGGAUUUCAAGUUGAAUCCAGGGAUGUCUCUUUCCUUGGUAAAAGGUAUUUAAAAGAGAGGAUUACAUA